AUGAAUCUCCAGUGCAUCGUCUGUAGGAGGACUGCCACUCCCGAGGAGAUCAUGCACUGUACAAUACCUCCGUCCUGCAUAACCCAGAGGACUGCCACUCCCGAGGAGAUCAUGUACUGUACAAUACCUCCGUCCUGCAUAACCCAGAGGACAGCCACUCCCGAGGAGAUCAUGUACUGUACAAUAUCUCCGUCCUGCAUAACCCAGAGGACAGCCACUCCCGGGGAGAUCAUGUACUGUACAAUACCUCCGUCCUGCAUAACCCAGAGGACAGCCACUCCCGAGGAGAUCAUGUACUGUACAAUACCUCCGUCCUGCAUAACCCAGAGGACAGCCACUCCCGAGGAGAUCAUGUACUGUACAAUACCUCCGUCCCGCAUAACCCAGAGGACUGCCACUCCCGAGGAGAUCAUGUACUGUACAAUACCUCCGUCCUGCAUAACCCAGAGGACAGCCACUCCCGAGGAGAUCAUGUACUGUACAAUACCUCCGUCCUGCAUAACCCAGAGGACUGCCACUCCCGAGGAGAUCAUGUACUGUACAAUACCUCCGUCCUGCAUAACCUAG